AUGCUGCUCACCAACCUUGUGGCCCUUCUGCCCCUCCUCGCCGCUCCUGCUCUGGCGCAGGAGGAGGAUGAGUUUGGUAUGGACUUCACCCGCGACCUGGAGCAGCGUCUCCAGAACGUCGGCGUUUUCAAGAAGCCGCUGAACAAGCAAAUGCGCGUUGGAUCGCCCUGGGGCCCGCACUGCUUCACGCAGAAGCGCUCCCACUUUGACGGCAGCACUGAGACGUUCUGCCAGCAGUACCUCGUGAACAAGGAACACUACAAGCCCGGUGGUCCCGUCUUCAUCCUCGACAAUGGCGAGAGCGAGGUUCUGAGCACGACGACGAUGGACAAGGGCUCGCUUGCCUCGCUGCUUGCCCGCGAGACCAACGGUAUCUAUGUCAAGCUCGAGCACAGAUACUACGGUGGCUCGAAUGUGACCGAGGACCUGUCGACGGACAACCUGCGUUGGCUCAACGUCCGCGAAUCGCUCGAGGACAGCGCGGAGUUCAUCCGCAACUUCCCCGUGCCCGAGGGACUCGAGCUCCCCGAGCCCGACCUCCUCACCCCGGCGAAGACGCCCUUCAUCUACAUCGGCGGCUCCUACCCCGGCGGCAAGGCCAACUGGAUGCGCAAGCACUACCCGGACAUUGUGUGGGGUAGCAUCGGCUCCUCCGCCGUCGUUCACGCCGAGGUCGACUUCUGGCAGUACUUUGACACUGUCGUGAAGCACGGCGAGCCUGAGUGCGUUUCCGCUAUUACGGAGAGCAUUGCUGCCGUAGACAAGCUGCUCGACGACCCGAAGACGAAUGCGGCGAUCAAGGCCGUAUUCGGAUACACCGGGGAGAUCUCCAACUGGAGCUUUGGCAACAUGAUGUCUGGGUUCUACGGCUGGCAGGUUCGCAGCUGGAAGGCGGACACGGACAGCUGGCGUCGGUUUUGCGCCAACGUUACUGCGGGCGCGGCGCAGGGGCAGCUCACCGUCGACUCGCUCGAGGCACCAAUUCCGGGCGCUGUCAAGGCCUGGGGAGACCUGAGCAAGCAAAGCAUCCUCGACCGCCUCGCGGCGGGUAAAACGGUGGACAACAUCAUCCAGGCCCUCGACCGCCCCGACCCCAGCAACGUUGGUCUUGACCAGAAGUGGCGCCUGUGGGAGUUCCAGACCUGUACCGAGUGGGGAUACAACUUUGCGAGCCCCCACGACCCCAACGCUCCUCGCGCCAUCUCCAAGUUCGUCACCGCCAACGAGUACCGCAAGAACAACUGCUACGCCGACUACCUCCCCGGCGAGCAUUUCCAGCUUCCCGACAUUGCCGACGUCAGCAAGGUCAACUCGCUCGGCGACUACAGCAUUGCUGCCGACCGCAUGGCCACCGUAGAUGGAGAGUGGGACCCCUGGCGCACAAUGUCUGUCGGCGCUGAGGGGCAACCCAUCCGCGAGGACACCAUUGCCCGCCCCCACCGCCUCAUCCCCAAGGGCGCCCACUGCUGGGACUUCAGCACCCUCGACGACAUAACCAAGGAGCCCAAGGACAUCCGCGAGGUCCACGAGUGGGAGCUCAACUUUGUCAAGGCCUGGAUCCAGCAGUUCUACGACGAGAAGAACGGGAACGGAAACAGCACCACCGGCGGCGACGGCCACGGUAACGGAAAUGGCCACGGCAACGGCAAUGGCCACGGAAACGGAAACGGCAAUGGUAACGGCAAUGGCCACGGAAACGGCAACGGAAACGGUCAUGGCAACGGCAACGGCAAUGGAAAGGGCAAUGGAAAGGGUAACAAUGGCAACGGCAACGGAAACGGAAACGGCAAGCGCCGCCUCAGCUUUGAGUGA